AAUGAGACGAGCCAACAGGGGCCGAGAGCGGACCAAUAGCCGACGACUUUACUGAGAGGCGGUCACAGAGCGGCGACUGUUGGUUAGUUUGUGCUCUAGAUUAUUGUUAAGGUUGUGUGGACUAUCACUGCGGAGUUCGGCCUUAUAUCCUUACAUCAAAAACGGCUAUUCCUCAGCAAUGAACCAGGGGAAGAACACAUGCAUAAAAUAAUGCACUUAUUCCGACAAAUAUUGUGACGCUUGAGGAACGAAGGCAAGGCUGGGAUGGAUUCGAGAAGGCCGGCUCGAGACAGCGCAAAUAAUUCAACAAACAGCCGAUAAAACGACCCACUGUCGAUUUGUUUAGAAACUGAGGGCUCUACCAACUAAUAAGGACAAGACAAUAGAAGACAUUUUGCCUCAGAAAAGAUUCUCUGGCUGAAAUCUGAGAGAACUGGCCCAAACUCUACUAAACAUAAGCCAUGGCUGCCAUAAUUAAAGCAAAACUACAAAACGACUGAGAUUCCUUCACUACAGCGAAACUUUUUCACACCAGUUGUGAUGGCUAACACAGUUGCUACUCUGGUGGUCCAGACCGAACUCUUACCUUCUCAGACGUCCUCCUCCCUCUCCCCCUUUCCUUCCCUCCUCCCCUCCGUAGAGGAUGGAGAGGAGGAUGGAGAGAAGGGAGAAGAAGAGGGCAAAGAGUCAGGAACAGUAGGCCUCACAGGUGACAUAGUGACAUCAUCAACACCCCCUGCAACGGUGGCUCAAAACCCAGAGCAUCCAUUCCAGUGUUUGGACUGUGGCAAGAGUUUUAAGUGGUCAUCCAGAUUGGCACAUCAUCAGAGAAGCCAUAAUAAUGAGAGGCCAUAUCGCUGUAACCUUUGCCCUAAGGCAUUUAAGGGCUCAUCUGCCCUACUAUACCACCAGAGGUCUCAUUCUGGAGAGAAGCCGUAUAAGUGUGAUGACUGUGGUAAAGCAUUCAAACGCUCUUCUCUUCUACAGAUACAUCGGAGUGUGCAUACAGGCCUUCGCACUUUCCAAUGCUCCUACUGCCCUUUGACCUUCAAAUGGAGCUCACACUACCAGUAUCACCUCCGCCAGCACACCGGUGAAUGUCCGUACCCAUGCGACAGCUGCUCCAAAGCCUUCAAGAACUCUAGCAGUCUGCGUCGCCAUAAGAAUGUACACCUGGGCUUCAAGCCCUACGUCUGUGACGUCUGCAAUAAAGCCUUCAGUCAGUCCACUAAUUUGCGUCAGCACAUGCGCAUACACACAGGCGAACGCCCGUAUGUCUGUGGGGAUUGUGGGCGCAGCUUCACACAUUCGUCCAACUUGGCACUGCAUCGCAUCUCUCACACAGAAGGAAAGGGGAAAAGUGCUGGGAAGGCUGGAGGGGCUGAUUCAGGGUCAGCAGCUCGAGAGAUGGAGGUGGUGCUGACAGAGGACUUGAACACUGUUGGGAUGAGCAUUUCUGAAAUGGUUGGGCUCGUUGGUGGACAGGAAGGAGGGGUCGGACAGGUGUUCCUGACUCACAAUACGACCUCUCCUGCUACCUCAGGUACAGCCAAUCAGAACAUCCUGCCACAGCUGACGCUCACACCCACUUCUUCCACUGUCACGGGCUCAGAGCAUAUCCACAUGAGCAAGAAUGACACAGGUGCUGGUGUUUUGCUGUUCAGUUGUGGCAGCUGUAAUGAGACAUUUUCAACACAGAGUCACCUUGAGGAGCAUCAGACUCUACAUCUAGAUAGUCUUGGCCCAGCAGGUGGUGGAGGGGUUGCUACAGAAAAUAGCACAGAGGCUGAGGGAGGUGGAGUGUCACUGGUGGGGGCUACACCAUUGUUGGCAGACUUUGAAGAGGUUGUUGAAACCACCACAGUUGCAGAUAGUGGGCAGACGGCAGAGUUACUUGGUCUGGAUGCCGUUAGAAAUGAGUCGGGGCAGGCACAGUAUGAUCUUCUGCAGACCUUUACUGCGUCUGUGAAUCAGAUGCCCACUGAUACCGGUGUGCCAACUGCACAAGCUACAACAGAAUGUGUCUACUGUGGGAAGAGUUUCAAAACCAGCAGCGGUCUGACCAGACAUGUGGCUCAGGCCCAUCCUAUUGCUCUAUCCGAGUCGCGUUCUCAGUUCAACUGCUCGGCAUGUGAUCGCUCCUUCCCUCUGCUCUCCUCUCUGCUCAACCACCAGCACUCCCACACCCCUGAACAGAGGCUGCUUGCUGAGGCAGAGGCUGAAGCAGAGAUCGUCUGCCCCUCUCUCUCACUGCCCCUGCCCUCCUUAAAGAGAGAUGGAGAAGAUGGAGAGAGAGAAAUCCAUGUCAGUCUAAUUGCCGUUACUGAGGAGGGAGAGAGACGAACUGUAAAGCCAUCUGCUAAAGCAUCAGGAAAGGGAGCUAGAAGAGCUGGAGGCAGCAAGACAUCUGCCACAAAUAAUGAGAGGCCAUAUCGCUGCUCUGAAUGUGGGAAGUCAUUCAAAGGUUCAUCAGGACUUAGGUACCACAUGAGAGACCACACUGGGGAGAGACCGUAUCGAUGCACAGAGUGUGGCAAGAGCUUCAAAAGGUCCUCACUGCUCUCCAUACACCAAAGGGUCCACACAGGUGUGCGGGCUUUUCAGUGCCCCUACUGUCCACUGACCUUUAAGUGGAGCUCACACUACCAGUACCAUCUUCGCCAGCACACCGGUGAGCGGCCAUAUGUAUGUCAGGAGUGUGGCAAGUCUUUCAAGAACACCAGCUGUCUCCGUCGCCACAGUCAGCUCCAUUCUGGUCUACGUCCACACGCUUGCUCUGUGUGUGGUAAGGCUUUCUCUCAAACCUCCAACCUCAAACAGCACGAACGGACACACUCUGGAGAAAGGCCCUUUCAAUGCUCUCAGUGCCACAAGAGCUUCACCCACUCAUCCAAUCUGCAGCUGCACCUACGCACACACUCCUCGCGCAAGGACUUCAAGUGCCAACACUGCGGAAAAGAGUUUGUCAUGCUCUCCUACCUGCAGAGGCACUUGAGAACUCACAGUUCUGGGGGUGCAGUAGCAUGUGCGAAGGAAGCAGGAAAGGUGGCUAAAGGUAGUGGGGCUUCAGAGACAGCAACGCUAAAUUUAAACCUGAAUGUACCUGGAGGGCUUACCUCCUUGUUUCCCACUGAUGGCAAUUCCACAUUGAUUCUUUCACCCCCAAAUCUUGACAUACCUCCAAACACGUCCCAGAAUUAUUUUAUGAUCCAGACGACUUCAGGGUUGCAACUGAUCCCACUAUCCAAUCCCACACCAACACAGCCUGCCCCUCCUCCUCCACCCCCUCCUCCCCCACCACCUCCACAGACACAGAAUUUCCUGCUGCUUCAGUGCCAGUCCAACAAUGGAAACCAGCCUAGUCUUAUCCUGGUUCCCACAGCAUCCAGUACAAACACUCUUCCCACCCCUUCAGAACCACAGACCCUCCCCUUGGUGCAGACCAUUCCAGCAAUGCCCCAGGUUCUGGCAGCACCCCAAACUCAAAUCCAGCAAUUUCAACCAGUUCAGACACAGCAGAGAUUUAUUUUGACUAAUAAUAAUGCUUCCCUCAUUACUGCCCAGCCUCAAAGCACAUCGACGAUUGCUCGUCCUAUUUUAGGCAGCCUCGGUCGUAGUCGGAAAGGAGGAACCAGACGUGGACGGAAGCCUAAAGCUGCUACCCAAAACCCCCCCCCUACAGUUCAGACCACACCAGUUAAGCAACCGUUUAUGUUAUCAGCUGCAACUUCCAUAUCAACCACAAUAUCCAGUGCCACUUCUGCUGCUUCUUCAAAGACAGAGUUCCCACGGCUUAAUGCUGAUGAUCCACAGGCUGUGUCACCUUUUAGCACUAGCCAAGUACCUGGAAGCUCUUCAGUUCCUGCAGUUAGCAUUAUGUCAGUGAUGCCAAACUCCACACUAAUAAACAGUUCCCCCAUGUUGACCAGUGAUCCUGAGAGUGUUCCAAUCGAAGAGAAAGCUGUCGAAGAAAUCUCAAGGGAGCACUUUGUUCUGUGCCUAAAGAAAGAAAUGGAGAAUGGAGGACAGGGGGAUGAGAUGGAGGUGAAGGUGGAGAUGGAGGGAGGGAAUGAUGCAGGGCAGUCUUAUGUAUUGCAGAUUGAAGGUGAGGGCCAGCAAGAAGGGGUAGGGAAUAGUGGAGGAGAGAAGUCAUAUGUCCUCCGGUUUCAGACAGAGGGAGAAUGUGAAGGACAUGCAGGAAAAGAGAAGACAGAAAUGGUCUCUCUUAACUUACUCCAAGAGUGGACCGGACAGAGUGAGGGGCAUGGAACUGCAGAUGCUGAGGGAAGUGUUGAAGUAGAAAAGUCCUUUGUGCUUCAUUUCCAAACAGAGCCUCAGAGUGAGGAGGACAUUCAGCCAAACUCAGGCUUUAUAGGCCCAGGUGAGGAUCUCAGACUUUCUUGCCAUCCGGGUCAAGCCUUGGUGCCUCUGGAAGGGCAGGAUGUGGUAUUUGAGCUCGGUGAAGAGACAAAAAUGGAUGGAAGCACAGGUCCAGGGGACAGUGUUCAAAUGAUUGCACUGAUAGAAGGUGAGGGCAACGGUUCUGGGCCAAGGGGCAGUUUUAAAGGUGCUGUUGGGGCAAACUCUGGGCAAAUGGAGGGAAUCUUCCAGUUAGAGGGGGGAGAAGGCAUUGUUAUAAUUGAAGUUAGCACCAGCAGUUUGAGAGAGGGUGGCAUAGAGGCAGCAGAUGUAGGACAUACUUUAGCGGAAGGAACUGAGGAAAAACAAGCUAAUGAUGUACAAGAGGCACGAGAGGAAGUAAUGUCAGAAGAGUCAAAACUUGUUGAGGCUGAGAGCAUAUCAUCGUCAGAGAUGGGACUGAUUGGAACUUAGGGUUAAGUAUAGAGAACUCUAAUAGUCAAUCUGACUGGCUUUAACACAAAUCACACCUCAUGACACGGUUUUAAAUGCAAAAUGGCACAUUGCUUACCCCAUAUCCAAACCGGAUUAAUUUCAAGUAAUGGUUCUGUUAUUCUAAAGUGUUCCUUUUGGACUUAAAUGUUUUUAGAGAUUAGGAAGCUGACAACAACAUUGUAGCUGUAGGACCAACAAAGGACCUAUGUUGAAUCUUACAUAAAUCAUUCGAGACCUGUUUGCUCAUUACAUAAACUCCUUAGAACACCACAGUGUCUUCUUCCUAAGCUGUUGUCACCCCCCCCCCCCCCCCCCCAAGACUGCACUUUGUGGGGAUAAAGCAUAUUGCUUGUAGUUACAGUUGUUCACCUGGCCCCUACAGGGAGCUAUUUCACAAACCACAAUCAUGAAUACAACCCAGCCAAAAAGCAGUGGUUUCUAAAUGAAGGAAAUCCCUGGUACUCUUCCACAUCCAGGGUGCACUGAAAAGAGAAUUUAUAAACUAAUAUGAACUAUAUUCAGCUAUGCUGUCAUGUUGACAGUGACUGUACAAAGUGAACUUUUGUAAAUAUGUC